AGAUUUCGACUUGAGUGAUUUGUUAUUGCUUAUUGAGAGUUGGUGUUCAGAGGGUUCUACCAUGGCUGCAACAUCAAAUUCAUCAGACAAGCAGGUGCACAAAGUAUCCCUCAAAGUUAUGAUGGACGAAAAGAACAACAAAGUUUUGUUUGCUGAGGCAAAAAAAGAUUUUGUGGAUGUUCUAUUGAGUUUCUUAACAUUGCCUUUAGGGACUAUUGCUAGACUAGUGGCUAAGGACUCCAAUAUAGGAGCUGUGAAAGUUGGCAGCCUGAGCACAUUGUAUGCAAGUGUUUCAAAUCUUGAAGAAGAGUAUUUAUGGACACCCACGUGCAAAGAGAUGCUAUUACAGCCAAGGAACUCUAUGGAAGAUUAUUGCCAGCAGCUGAAACUGAACAUCGACGACACUGAGCCCACAAAGUAUUUCCUUUGUGAGAAUGCAAACUGUUAUAGCAAGAGCAGUGGAAGCCUUCUGAGCACUUUUAAGAAUCAAAGAUGCAGUUGUGGAAAUCUAAUGAACAAAGAAAUGUCCCCAGUAAAAAUGACUCUUGAAAAUGGGUUUGUUUAUGAAACAGCUGAUUUUAUAAUUUGUGAUGAUAUGUCUGUGUUGCCUAAUGGUCUUAUAACAAGUGUGGGUCUGCUUCGGAAGCUUGGAAUCAAAUACAUGGAUGCUAUUAUGGAACGAACUGUAGACAUCAGUAAGAGUGAGGUUAUUGAUCUUCUUAAGUUUUCGUUGUUAUCAAAGACUCCUUUGACAAGCUUUAUCUUUGGGAAGAAACCAGGUGUUGUUAAUUUUAACCCAAUAAACCGACCCCUUCCUGAGACGGGAGAACAAUCCUCCGAUGACGAUAAAAAGAUGGUUGUGAAAGUACUGGUAAGAAAAUCAGAUACAAAGAUUUUAUUUGCUGAAGCAGAUGAAGAUUUUGCAGACUUACUUUUAAGUUUUCUGACUUUACCUUUGGGUGGAGUGAUGCACGUGCUGGAAGGAUGUUCUUGUGUGAGCAGCAUAGAUAAAUUAUACAAGAGCAUUUGUGAAUUGAGUCCAGACAGAUAUUAAGGUCACAGGCACUCAAAGAAAAACUAUC